AUGUUAUAAAAUCAAAAAAUCUAAUUAUAAAUUAAAAUAAUAAUGAAUAAUGACUUCAGAUUCAUUCUAAAUAAAAUCAAAACAAUCUAAUAAAACAAUUUACAUUCAAAUUGUUUACUCUAAUUAUCUACAUCAUAAAUUGAACAAAUUAAUUUAACUAAACCCAUCCUAAAAUAAACCUUAACAAUCUAUCAUCAUCAUUAAGAUUCUUUAAUUUUAAAUUCUAUCACUCUCAUUCCUAAUUUAUUAAUCAUUUAAAAUUAUUAUCUAGUACUCUCUAAUUGCACAAUUAUCAAAUUUAAAUCUAAUCAAGGAUACUGUAUUUAACUUUCAAAUAACAUUGGUAAUCUAUUAAUCUUCAUUUCUAAUAAUGAACAUUAUAAAUUAUGGAAUUAAAAGUUAAAAUAAUUCUGUAAACUUUCUAAUUUUUCUAAGAAAUUUUCUGUCUAAUAAUAAACUAAUGUUGAUUAUUACCUUAUCUAACAUAAAAAAACAAACAAAAUAUAUACUGCUAAAAUGAUAUCUCUCUAAAAUACACAAAUUGAACUUUUAAAUAGUGAAAUUUAAACCUUAAGAAGUAUUAAACAUCCUUCCUUACUUAAUUUAAAAUGGGUAUAUCAAGAUUUAAGAUUCAUUUAUUUAAUUUAUGAAUAUUUUAGAUGUGAAAAACUUAGUACUUUACUAAAAUCAGGACUUAAUUUAGAUUAAACAUAAUUAGCAUCUGUAAAGAAUUGAUUUAUUUGUAGAUCAUUCUAUAAUUAUUACAGUUAACUAAAUUCUUAAGAAAAUAAUAAAUUUAUCAUGGCAAUAUUACUCUCGACAAUAUUUUAAUAAAUGUAUAAUCUACUUACUUAUCCAUUUACCUCAUCAAUAUGUAACCUUUAAAUAAAAAUGAUAAAGAAUCUUUAAAUAUAUAUAAAAAAAUUACUCAAAAUAAUUAUUUAGCUCCGGAAAUACUUGAUGGUUAGUCUAAUCCUUCAAUUAAUACUGAUCUUUUUUAAAUUGGAGUAGUAUUAUAUUAUUUAACAUUUUACAAUAAAGUUUGCCAAAAAAAUGAUUAAAUAAAAAUGACUCUUAUUAAUGAAUUAGAGGAAUAAUUUAAAAAUGAAUCAAAAUUUUAGUCUCAGUAAAUUGAUUUGAAAUAAUAAUUUAAGAUGGCUUUUAGUGCAUCAUAAUUAGAUUUAUUAAAGAGACUAUUGGAAGGAAAAGAUUAAAGAAUCACAUUAGACGAGGCUAUGAAACACCAUUGGUUUAUUAAUAUUAAAUAAAAAAAAUUUAAGCCAUAAUAGGAAAUAAUAAAAUAGCAUCUACCAUCUUUAAAUACUAUUAUAGAACUUUGUGAAUAAAGUGAAUAUACUAAAUCAUUUCCAAAUACAAUAUCAAAAUUAGAUGAUGAAGAUGAUGGUAGUUAUUAUUGUUUUAUGUUUUUUUAUAGUUCUAGAUGAAAUGAAUGAAAUUUAAAAAUUUAUGUAGAAAUUGGAAAAAAAUCAUUCCUAAAAACCACCUUCAAGAGAAAAUCAUGAAAAAUCAAAAUAUUUUGAAUUUUUCAAGACUUCUUAUAUAUAAUGUGGAUCUAAUUAUCAAAAUCAAUAUAAAGUUUCAAAGAGUAUUAUUUGA